ACUGAACGUUUUUGUUUUUCUAUAAAAAUCAUAAUAAAAUCUUAAAUUUUUACGUGUAAAAAUAUAUCAGGGAAACACAAGCCAGUAGUCAAACAAUCAUUGAUCACAAUCAAAAACUUUAUAUGGAUAGUGAAAAUUCAAAAUCUUCACCACAACCACAGAAAUGGGUGAAGCUAAAUGUUGGUGGUAAUAUUUUUAUGACAUCGCGAGAAACACUUUUAAGAGAUUCCAACUCAAUGUUAGCGAGACUGGUCAGUGAAUCUGACUUAAUUUCAGACAAAGAUGAUACUGGAGCUUAUUUGAUCGAUAGAGAUCCAAAAUAUUUUUCUCCUAUAUUAAAUUAUUUGAGACAUGGAAAACUCAUUCUUGAUGCUGGAAUUGCUGCCGAAGGUGUUCUUGAAGAAGCUGAAUUUUAUAAUAUCACACAUUUAAUUUCUUUAGUUAAAGAGCAAAUUAAGAUAAGAGACCAACAUACAAUUGUUGAUAACAAACAAAGAGUUUAUCGCGUACUGCAAUGUCAGGAAAACGAGCUUACUCAUAUGGUUUCACAAAUGUCUGAUGGUUGGCGUUUUGAACAACUCAUCAACAUCGGAACUUCGUAUCAUUACGGAAGCGAUGAGAAUGCAGAAUUUCUCUUUGUUGUAUCUAAAGAAUGUUUAAGCAAUCCUCGAGAACAAGAGUCAAAUGACCGUGCAAAAGUGUUGCAGCAGAAGGGAAGCAGGAUUUAAGAGCAAUUGUUUUUAAAUAUUCAUUCAUUAUUCGGCAAGAAACCCCAAACAAAACCAAAACAGAGACAGUUAACUUUUGAGAAUAUUGCGCAAUUUCUUAUUAAAUGACAUUAAUUUAAGAAUCGGUUCAUGUUGUCUUUUUCCCAUAAAAACAAGAAAAGCGACGGGUUCAUGCUCAUGUAGGUUACUAGGAUCCGUAAGUUGACCCUUCCACCCACCGAUAUUUGGUGUUGUAUCGUUUGAAUCAGUUUUUAAGGGAAAAGAAAUUACUCAAGCAUACUCUAGAAAAAAUAAUUUAGGAAUAUCCAAUAUUUUCCUUCUUUUUCAUGUUAUUAAGUUCAACGAUUCAUAUUUCUUGCAUUUAAAUCUUUAUCAUUGUUGUAAUACGACUUAAAAUAAAUCUUUUUCAUAAACUUUAGAAAAAAUGAUUCCUGAAAAAAGAUUCUUCAAUUUAUAUAAAUUAUUAAAAACAGUCCAUGCUUUAAAGUGAUGCUUACAUAUUCUUGUUUAUUCGCAAAGUUCAUUAUUCAUAAGCUAAGACAAUAUUCAAACGACGAAUACGACGACGUGAAAAUCGUAUGCUUUUAAAAAAACUCGAUUAAUUAGGAAAUAAAUUUCAUUAAAAUGUUUCUAAGUUUACGCAACAUUUAACAAUAGAAAUUUAAGUUUAAAGUAAAGAAAUUUGUAGACAAUUCUUACCUGUAAUAAAGAUGAUUUUUAACUAAACAACAUUUCUAUCUUAAAUGAGAAGAAUUUUUUCCAAGGUUAACAAG